AGAUGCGUGAAAGAAACAAAAAACACGGAGAAGAAAACACAGAAAAACCUUGCCUCUCAGUUGUACUCUGAUUCGCUUUCACGAUACAACUAUACACAUAACCAAUGAAACCCAUUAAAAUCAUAUUCUUCUUCUCUCUUAUCUGCUUCCACAGUUCCUUAGCAGCUGGUGACACCUUAAAACUAAACCAAACUCUCCUAGACGGCCAAACUUUGGUCUCCGCCGGCGAAAAAUUCAAAUUAGGCUUUUUCGGUCCACAGAAUUCUACAAUCCGAUACGUGGGAAUAUGGUUCAUGAAUGUUGCUGAACUCACAGCCGUCUGGGUCGCCAACAGAAACAACCCUCUCACAGACUUUUCAGGCGUCCUUAAAAUCACCGAAACCGGAAACGUAGUAAUCCUCAGCAACAAAACAGAGGACCCUGUAUGGUCCUCAAAUUCAUCAGCGAAAGAUCCAACUUUGCAGCUCUUGAACACCGGAAACCUCGUGGUUAAAGAUGGUAACAACGAAAACUACGCGUGGCAGAGUUUCGACCAUCCCUGUGAUUCGCUCGUAUCAGGCAUGAAGCUAGGUCGGGACUUUGUAACGGGUCAAAAUUGGAAGCUAACCUCCUGGAACAGCUCCCAAGAUCCAUCCACCGGAAUCUUCACAUACGAAGUAGACCCUCGUAAGCUUCCUCAGGUACUUUUGCGCAAAGGCAAAGAUAUCUUAUACAGAAAUGGGCCUUGGAAUGGUGUCCGACCAGGCAAAGACCAAGACAAUUCGUUCUUUAAAGCCACCUAUCUUGUUAAUGAAACCCAUAUCUAUUUUACUUUCGACGACGCCAAUAAUUCCACGGUAACCAGAUUCUGGUUAAAACCGUCGGGUUCUCCUGAGCAGCUCCGGUGGAACAACGAGAGAGGUGAGUGGGUUAGCAUCUACGCGGUGCAGAGAGACGACUGUGACAACUUUCCGCGCUGUGGUCAUAAUGGUAUCUGUGACAGCAGUGUCACCCCUAGUUGCCAUUGCCCAACUGGGUUUGUUCCAAAAGUACAGGAAGAGUGGGAUGCGAUGGAUUUUGGCAGUGGAUGUGUGCUAAAGACACGCUUGAACUGCAGCGCUAGCGAGGGGUUCAAGAAGUUUUCACAGUUAAAGUUGCCGUACGGUUCGGAUUUUACGGUGAACGGGACGGUGGUGAGGAAGGAGGAGUGUGAGUUGAUUUGUAGGAGUGCCUGCUCUUGUGUGGCUUAUGCUGUGGCUCGGCUUGGUGGUUGUGUGGUGUGGUCUGGGGAGUUGCUUGAUAUGAAACUUUUGAGCGAUGAUGGGCAGGAUCUGUACAUCAGAAUGGCUGCUUCUGAAUUUGUCACUGAAUCAGACAAUGGCAAAAGGAUUGCGGUGAUCAUAUCAGCAAUUUUGGGGUUUCUUCUAGUUUGUUUAGCGGGUGGAUAUCUCAUCUGUAAGAGGACAUCCUGUUCCCGUAUAAACGAAGAGGAAACAAUAAUCAACACAAAUGAAGAUCAGGAUCCUAACCUUCUGGAGGAAGAUCUAGAGCUACCUUUAUUUGGCUUAGAUACUAUUGACAAUGCUACCAACAACUUCUCCUUCACAAAUAAAAUUGGUGAGGGCGGUUUUGGUCCUGUUUACAAGGGUGUACUCUCAUCUGGACAAGAAAUAGCAGUAAAAAGACUUUCUAAAUAUUCUGGACAAGGGUUUGUGGAGUUCACGAAUGAGGUUACCUUGAUUUCCAAACUUCAGCACCGGAAUCUUGUUAGGCUGUUGGGGUGCUGUAUUCAUAAAGAAGAAAGGAUGUUAAUCUAUGAGUUCAUGCCUAAAAAGAGCUUGGACUUAUACAUAUUCAAUCAAACAAGGGAAACAGCUCUUGAUUGGAAGAAGCGCUUUGAUAUUAUUGUGGGGAUUGCUCGCGGACUUCUUUAUCUUCAUCGAGAUUCAAGAUUGAGAAUUAUUCACAGAGAUCUUAAAGCUAAUAAUAUUCUUUUAGAUAGUGAGAUUAACCCUAAGAUAUCGGACUUUGGUUUGGCAAGAAUACUUGGAGGUGACCAAACUGGAGUAAAUACUAAGAGAAUAGUUGGUACCUAUGGAUAUAUGUCUCCAGAGUACAUAAUAGAUGGGUACUUUUCAGUGAAAUCGGAUGUCUUUAGCUUCGGUGUCAUGGUUUUAGAGAUAGUGAGUGGGAGGAAGAACCAAAGCUUUGAACAUCCUGAUCAUAAGCUCAAUCUUUUAGGACAUGCAUGGAAACUAUGGAUUGAGGGCAGACCCAUGGAGCUUAUAGAUGUUUUGAUGGAGAAUGUUCCUGCAUCUGAAGUGUUGAGAUGUAUCCAAGUAGGACUAUUGUGUGUGCAAAAGCUCCCAGAAGACAGGCCCUUAAUGUCAUCCGUUCUCUUAAUGUUGGAUAGUGAAAAUGUUUCCCUUCUCCAACCUAAACUACCUGGAUUUUACACUGAAAGAAGUUUUACAGAGUUAGCUGGUUCAUCAUCAUCAUCAUCAUCAUUGAAUAAGCCAAAUAAUGUAUCUACUGAUGUAACCGUUACAAAAUUACAGGGAAGAUAAAAAUAAAAAGGAAAAAGAAGAAAGAAGAAGAUGGUCGAAUUGAUGCAAUGAGAAAGAUUUCCUUGGUCUGCACUAAUUAUUAGGAGUUUUUGUUUAAAUUAGAAA